AUGACGGAGUCGAAUGCUAAAUUGGUCGGAAAUGGAGAAGCACCAGUAGAAGGUGGUUCUGUUUCUGAUUUCACGUGGCUUCCAAAAUCAGUUGCUGAUUGCCCUUUUUUGGAACAACCUGUUCAUUCUGUUUUGGCUGCUCUGAGACAUAAUCAGCUUUUUUGUAUUAAUUGUGUUAAGACACGAAUACACCAGUUUACUGGUGGCGAAGAUGUAAUUUUUCAAGGGAAUCCUCCAUGGAAAAGAAAAAAGGCAGAAGAGCAACAAGGUGCCGCAGGGAACGAUGGAGGCCCUAUUAAGAGGCAGCGGAAGGAGAAAACCAAAAGGCAGUAUGCUAAUCUUCCAAGUGGACUGGUCAUCAAAUCUUAUGUAAAUCAGGGUCUGACAGAGGCUGAGGCUAUACAAAAAUUUGUCAAGGAAAAACGAGAAAAAGCAAAAGAUUUGAAAAAAGCUGGUGGUGACGAACAGAGGGCGAGAACUGAUUUCAACCAAAUGCCAUACGUCCCUCCAGUACCAUUCAAGGGAAAAGUUUCAGUUUUUACGGAUGUGGCUGAUCAUCAACGUUACGUUGCAGUAGCGUCCAACUUCUUAAACGCAAUUCCCAAAUUUCGUUUUGAUUUGAACAGAAGAGAACUGAAGAAUAUGGAUCAGAAACUUGUUGAUGAACGGCUUGAAUUUCAAAAUUUGGUCUUUAAAAAGCUGGAGAACCGGAGAAAUAAUCCAUUCCGUUUUGGUAUUAGUGGUGUAGAUCGUUUCAUUCUGGGUCGCGUUAACCGUCGUCGACUGCUUCUUCAUGGCCGCUAUGGAUCUCCAGUUGCUCUUCUGGCGAGUGAAGGACUAGAAAUGACCAGGAAUCUCACUUUGACUCUUAAGCGUGUCUUACAUUCUGGAAAAUUACGGAAGCUUCUCAUCCCGAAUGAAAAGCGGAAGUUCCAGUUUCCUUUAAAUCCGAAGGAAGUUAGUGAGAGGUUUCCAUUGAAUGAAACUGAUAAGUAUCCGAUUAUGGAAGACGGAGCAGCACUGAGCCUUGCCCUAGAGAAUGGCAUUGGAAUCAUAAUUGGUGUGAGUAGUGUAGUGUCUUUGAUGGUGAAGCCGCAAGUUACGGAUAUAUCAAGAUACCUCUUGCCGGUAGAAGUAAGAAGAGUGUACAAUCAAUCCAGCGGUCAAGCUUCGAACGUCUGUAUUGUUGGAAAACCAGUGGCUGACGGUCCGAUGAAUCAAGUUUCAGUAUGGUAUAAAUAUGUAAAAUAUGCUGUUAAUUCCUGCUUAUAUCCUGAAGAAAAAAUUGCAACAAGGACUGGUGGCCGUCAAAGGGCAGUUUGGAAGAAAAAGGAAUUGAAUCUCAAGCCAGUAAAUGUCACAGAACUUUUGCGGGAAGUCGCUCCUAGUGACGAAGAAUGUGAUCUAGUUAUUGAUUGUAGUGCGCGACCCAGUGCAGCUGAUGAGACAGCGAAAACUCAAAAAGCGGGCGAUAUUAAUGAUGGGAAAGAUAAUUCGGAGACUCUUACAUCUGGUGACGUGGUAGGGGAUAUAAUGAAACAGAUGGGCAUUUCCCAAGACGCUACAGUUUCGACCGCGACUAGUUUUGGUAAUUAUCAACUUCAGUCCUUGAUUUCUUGGGUAACAGUAGUAGGCUCCGAACUUGCCACAAGCUUUUUUUAUUACUCAUGUACUGUUGGUGCGAAAUUCUUUCCAGAAACGGCAGAAAUGGCCUCGAAACAUGUCACCGAAAAUUGUGACAUUCGGAAACGGUAUAGCGUUUUUUCCAUCAAUGACGGGCCUGACGAAGUCUUAAGUUUUUUAGUACGAUCCAAUAAUGCAGGUUUGGAUAAUGAAGGGGUGCCUGUUUUGAUCUCAAACAAGAUUGAAUACGCUGGAGAUUAUGGCGCUGAGGCAUGUACUUCGCUUUACUGUACUCUAAUAUUUUUGGAUUUUUGGGAUUUAUUGGGAAACUGA